CCUGGUGAUACCCCGGCCUUGUCGCUCGUAGACAGUGCGUGCCGCCUCUCGUGCGAUCUUGAACUAACUUUCAAAAGGUUAAUUGUGUGUUAAAGUGACAUCAAAGUGUGUUUAACUCGAACGUAAGUUGACUGUGUAGUGUUAAUGGAUUAUAAAACUUUUGGUGUUUCGUGAAUAAUAAACACAGUAAAAUGUGAUAAGCAUCGUUGUAAGUGCUAAUAAGAAUUUCACGAUGGAGAGUAGCAGCCGGCACCGGCCGACUCGAGUGCUGUCCCUGUGGACCUUGCUAAUUGGCAGCUUCAACAUCGCAGGUCUCCGGCCGGGGUCCGGCUACGUGGAGGCGUCGGACGCGACGAACCUGUCAGCGGUGGCGGGCAGCGACGCCACGAUGCCCUGCGACACGCGCACGCCGUCGCCGCCCGACGUGCUGCUCCUCGUCGUGUGGUACAAGGAUGACGUGCCGAUAUACAGUUACGACGGGCGCAUAGAGGGUCCGAAGGCUCACUGGUCUGACGCGUCGCUUAAUGGCCGCGCGCGUUGGCACGAGACUCCGCACUCGGCCCUUCGCCUCCUGGACGUGGUGCCCUCCGACCGGGCCCUUUACCGCUGCAGGGUCGACUUCAAAGUCUCCCCGACUCGAAACUACAAGUUCGUCCUCCACGUGAUCGAAUUACCUGAAAAACCGAGAAUUUUUGAUGAAAACGAUAAAGAAGUGAUCGGCGUUGCCGGUCCGUACGUCGAAGACACGAGCAUGAGACUAACGUGUGUUGUAAGUGGAGGAAAACCGAUGCCGCGGUUGCGCUGGUGGAGGGACGACGCUGUGGUUGCGAAGCUGGAACCCGCCGACGACGGCUCCACCGUCAGCGUCCUUGAGCUGCGGGUUCCCAGGUUAACCCGCGAGUACUUUGAGGCGGUCUACACGUGUACGGUGGACAACACCGCCCUGGUCCCGCCCUUGAGGGUUAACGUACAAAUUAUGAUGUAUCUGCGACCGUUGGCGGUGAACAUGAUAGAACGGGAGCAACCUCUGUCGGUCGGGCAGCCGGCGGAGCUGGGCUGCAAGGCGAUAGGAGCGCGCCCGCCGGCGGUCAUCACGUGGUGGUUGGACGACCAGCAGAUGACAACCACACGUCGACAAAUUGAUUCGGAGGACCGCAACGAGACGACGUCGUUUGUGCACUGGACGCCGCGCCUCGCCGACGACGGGCACGUGCUGACCUGCCGGGCGACUCACGAGAAACUUGAACAUACGGCCAUAGAAGCCAAAAUGAUAUUAAAUUUACACUAUGCACCGAUGGUGGAAUUGCAGCUUGGAUCCAAACUAAAUCCCAACGACAUAGAGGAGGGUGAUGAUGUAUACUUUGAGUGCUUGGUGCGUUCAAAUCCGCCCGCUUACAAAGUCGUUUGGGAGCAUAAUGGUCAAGUGAUGACGCACAACCAGCGCGCCGGCGUCAUCGCUGGGUCGGCGCACCUGGCGCUGCAGGGCGUGUCGCGGGCGCAGGCGGGGAGGUACACCUGCAUCGCGUCCAACGUCGAGGGCGACGGGAGGGCCGAGCCCGUCAACCUGCAGGUCAUAUACAAGCCGAUGUGCAAGAACCAUUUGGUUCCUAUCGUGGGUGCGGCCAUCAAUGAGGUGACGCGGGUCGCCUGCGAGGUCGAAGCCUUCCCCCCACCCAAAACCUUCCAGUGGAUGCUCAACAACUCUAUGGGAACCCUGGAGAUUGAACCUGGCAAGUACACGAUCGAGGGUGGUGGUCGUUCCAUACUGACGUACAAACCACAAGCGGACGCGGACUACGGGUCGCUCGCGUGUCGGGCCACGAACCUCGCGGGGCAGCAGACGGAGCCGUGCCGCUAUACGCUCCUGCCCGCCGUCAAACCGGACCCGCCUGUCAAUUGCACCACAUUCAACCUGACGGAGAAUUCCGCCGAUGUGCGAUGCGUCGCAGGCUACGACGGUGGUCUUCAGACAACUUACUUCUUGGAAGCCUGGGAGACGAAUAUGGUCAUAGCGAAUGUCUCAAGAGUGACACCAGUGUGGAAACUGCGAGGACUGGGCUCGGGGAAGGCUUUGAAGUUGAGGCUCUACGCGAGAAAUGCUCGAGGAAGAUCUGAAGUGACCGUCCUUCGAGUCCAUACACUGUCAAAAAUGGCGCUGCAUACAGAAGCGAAGACAAUGAGCAACAUAGACGCGAGCUGGGUGUUGGGCAUCGUGGCGGGAGCUGUCGGAACCCUGGCCAUGGUCGCCAUCAUCGCCAUGAUGGCUCGGAGACGACACCACCAGCCGCUACAAUAUGAAGCCCCGAUGCAGACCGUGAAAGCUCACAAAGACGGUUCGCAGAGUUCGAGCCACUCGCCGCUUCAGCCGGACGACAAAAACCCCGACGUGGUUCCGCUCGGCAAAGACUUCAUGUGUAGCCGUGACGUCGAGAGGCCUCCGGAGCCUCCCCCGUAUGGCACGGUGGUGACUGCGCCCGUCGGCUCCUCCCGCAGCGUCCACAGCCUGCACGAGGCCAGGACCAGCGCUCUCACACCCGUCACCCCGGCAUCCGAUGUGCAGAGCAUCGGAGUACUGGCGGACGAUAGACGCAGCAUCACUAGCGGGACGUUAUCUCGACGGAGAGAAAUCGUCACCACGAGGACACCGCUGUUAGCUAAUGCACGGGAAAGUUGUGUGUAAACGGAAACGCUGUCGUUGGUCGAUUCAAAGUAAGUGUAUAACUGUGCUCUUUGUAAGUGUAAACGCACUUCGAAUUUACGCGGUCGAAGGUGAAUAUUGCAAUAUUUAUACUUCUGCAAUGAGCAGCUCGUCUUCAAAAACUUAAAGUCAGACGUAAAGUUCAGGAGGAAAUAGAUUGAAAGUAAACCGUUUCAAAAUGCCACGCUUUAACAUGAACGUACCAAUUUACUUUUAAUGUUAUGACGUAUCCUACGAAUAAUUAGUUUUUAUUAUUCGUAGUAUGUAUCAUACAUUUUUGGUAACGUACGUACUUCAUUGGAGUAUUGGCGAUGACAACUAAGUUAAAUUACGUUCGGUAGUUCAGAGUUCAGACGGCAAAGUCAAAAAUACGUGGGAUUCGACAUAAUGUAUCGCAAGUGCACUUAGUGAUGGAUAUUAGAUUUUUGACUUCAAUCUUGAAUCUAUGUCAAAACUAGCGUAUGCU